UUACUCUGAGUUAGACAGACUUGUGGCUGCACUUCAGCGGCAUCAGACGGCGGCGGUGCGCGACACAAGCAGACGCUGCGCACAAGGCAAUGAUGAAGCCGUGCUCGGGGCUCGUGCGCAUCCGCUGGGCGCUCUUCGUCAGCGCGUGCUUGCGGAUGGUGAGCGCGGACUGUGGCUCUGAUUGCGCGUUCUGCUCUGUGCACCUGCGCCUGCAGCAAACACACGCCAACUCUAUAGAAUGUGUGUUGCAGUGUGAAGGUCAUCUUUCCACGGGUGGUUCUUGGGGCAUAUGUCAGGAUUUCCUGCAGACAACUGAAAGCACACCUGAAGAAGGGCAAGCAUCCACAGAAACCUAUAGUCUGCCCCAACAACACCACGAGGAGAAAAAAUAUGGCGGUUUCAUGAAACGAUACGGUGGUUUCAUGAAGCGUUAUGGAGGCUUCAUGAAACGGUAUGGGGGCUUCAUGAAAAAAGCAGCAGAGGUAUAUGGGCUGCAGCCAGAUGACAUAGACCAAGGCAGAGAAAUCCUGUCUAAGAGUGACACGGAGAUGCUGGCCAAUCUCGUUGAAGGCGAUGCCGAGAGGGAAGACCCUGCAAUGAAGGACAUCCUCAAUGCAAAGGAAGAGGUUAAUGAGUUAGAGGGCAUAGUAAAGCGCUAUGGUGGGUUCAUGAGAAGGGGCUAUGAAGGCUUAGAAGGUGGGACAAAACCACUACAGAAACGUUAUGGUGGGUUUAUGCGGCGGGUGGGCAGGCCAGAUUGGGGGGAGGAAAAUAAACUUUACAGAGGUGUCUUUAAACGUUCACCACAGGAGGAGGAAGAAAAAGAGAAGUCAUCAGAUAUGAGCAAGAGAUAUGGGGGUUUUGUGGAAUACUGACAUUCAUGCAGACUGUGGUUAGCUAUUGAUAUUUGUUCUAUUUCCCUUCAACUAUUAACUGUUACACGUUCUUUGUAAUCAUGGCAGACACAAUCACAUACGUAUAACGCAUCUUGUGCUGACACCAUUCGCAUAAUUUGCUUGUGAUAUCUUUGUGGUGAUAAAGGUCUUCAGAAUGUGAAAAAAAACACUCUCCAGGGUAUAUCAUUGAUGACUGGACUUCAUACUGAAACCUCCGUAGCAGUAACAGACAACAGAUCGAUUCCAAAGUUUUAUCAUUUGUUCCUUUUCCCUAUUUCCUUGGCUGCACUACAGAUAAGGUUCUCCAGACCAAAUUUCCUUGCAGAUUGGUGCAGGAAUAUUUCUAAUUUGCUACAGAACAGACUUAGUGGUGUAACAGUUUGUUUGUUUCUUUAUUAUUAUUAUUUUAAAUAGCUACAGUAAAGUGAUUUCCUGACACAGCAGUGUUUCUCAUAGUGGGUUGUUCUGUUUACUGUCUAAAUUUGUUACAUGCUGUA